AUCCAUUUCCUCCAGGGGAACUGAUUUCUGUCAUGGGAGAUCAGCCGUAAAAGCGGGAGUUCUCCAGGUGCUACCUGGAGGUUGGCCACCCUAGCCAGCAACAUCAACCAGGCAUCCAUUGACCGUUUGCAGACAAAUCCCCCUGAUGCCAGGAAAGCGAGCGCUGCCGGAAUGCCAGUUGGGUUUACCUUUCCAGUUCUUUUCUUCCACUUUUCCUUCGUCCUGGGGAGCUCCAUCCGCAUUGGAACAGGCGCCAAUUAUUCUGGUCUGUAUCAGCAAAGCAUCUUGCCCUGUAAGAAAGAAGAGCUGCAGUGUGGCGACGGGCGUUGCCAUUUCAACUGGCUGCCUUGCCACUACAAGAAGGACUGUGGCACGGGCUACAUGUCCAUCCAGAUAACAUGUUCAAACAUUCACUUGAACCAGAGUGGUCCCGUCAGCAAGCUUUCCCACUACACCGAACACAGUGGCGACGCAAAUUUGAUGGGCUCUUCCGUCAUGGUGGCUGGGAUGGUGAUUGGUGUGGUGCUGUUCCUCUCCUGCGUGACCAUCUUCAUCGGCAGCUUGCGAAAAGAUAGACGGUUACGACAUCCCCACUUGAGGAGGGAUGCCAGUUACACUCCGGAUGGCUUCUCAUAUGGUGGCUCAGUUGGAGAACUAAGAUCCAGUUGCAUCGAUGAGUUCCCACCAGCUCUGGAUUUCAGUUCUUACAUGGAGACCUUGUCUCAGGUCAACAUCAUGCAUCCGGACUCCCCUCCACGUUACGACGAGUGCGUGGGACCAGGAGCAGCCCAAAUUUACGUUCCUACAGACGACCCUCCGCCUUACUCCCUGACAGACCCUUAUCGAAGGAGUGACUUGGCAAUAAACAUUCCUUUGGAAGAGGAAGCAACUCCUGGGACUACGGAGCAGGCCACUGAGUGCAGGUUUGGACUGCAGGACUCUCAGCAGCCCAUCUCUUCCGUUUCCUCGUCAUCUUCGUUUACAAUGGAGGCCGCCCCUCCAUACGAGACAGUUGUAGGUGAACAAAACAUCCCUAUUCCUUUAGUCCCAUUGGAAGUAGUGAAAAAUUCUAGAGAUGGCUAUCAGAAUCUUUUUAACAGAAUCAUGUAGAAGGAAACGAGGGCUUCUGAAGGGAUCCUUCAAGCGGAAGAAAGGGCAAGAACACAGAACAAGAUUGACCCAUCCGGGUGCUCUACAAAACUCUUUUCUACUUUUAACAGGGCUAGAACGAGAUUACUUUGGGGUGAGGUUUGUUUUGGGGUGGGGGGAUUGUUUUUUAAACAGAACAUUGUGAAAAUUUACCUGCACACCAAUCUUUGCGUUUUGAAUUUGUCCCACAAAAUGUAAAAUGCUGAGAGCAACGGCGCAGAUGGUAUGCUGGCCUCCCUGUAACAUUUGAAAGCACCUGCUAAACUGCUCUUAGUCUAGAUUGAUGUUGUAUGGUCAAACCUAGUUGUCAGUUCUGAUACGGUACUUUGCAUGUCUUAGAACAAAAAGGAAGGAAGAUAAGAGAGGCUUGCUUCCAUAUUUGUAAGCACCAUUAAGUUGAUGCUUGAUCACUUAGUAAUGAGAAAGGAUCUGAUCAUCUGCAACGUUUGGAAAAUGUAUUCGUUUAAAUGUAUACCCCAGCUCCAGGUUCACAUAAAUAUUGGCUUGCAUGUUUUUCCUGACAAAAAAAAGGGUGCAUCGGGAUUAUUCCCCUUUUACAGAUAGAGAGCUGGCGGUUAGAAAGGAAGUUUCCCACGCAGUUAUUAACUGGCUUAACUCAGAUUUAAAUCCAAACCCACACGUCUAAAAAUCAUCUCGUAUAUUGGAGAUUAAACCUGUAUCUGCUGUUUAGGAAUA